AUGACUGAGUCCCAAAUAAAUAAUAUAGCCAGAUUUUUCGUUUGCUGUCCCUUCCAGCAACUGAUACCCUUUGUGGAGGAUGACAGCUCAAAACACGAGGAUCGCUCAGCCGGCCAGAGCCGCCCAGCCACGGAGGAGAGGAGGGAAAUCCUGGAGGUCAACAAGAAGUUAAAGCAGAAGAACCAGCAGCUGAAGCAGAUUAUGGACCAACUCCGCAACCUCAUCUGGGAGAUCAACUCCAUGCUGGCCGUCAGGAGCUGAGCCACACAUGCACAUUCAUAUAAAAAACACACACACACACACACACUCAUACAUAUACUAAUGGACAGGAAGAUACGGUCAUUAAAUGGACGUGUGACAGGGUACCACAGACUGGCUGAGACUGCACUUUACAGAAGAAAUAGGGACUUAGAAAUGGGGACUUUGGCAAUAUGAACCCAUAUCCUGAAGAAGACGUGAAAGAGUAGAAGGAAAAACGAGAGGAGAGAAAUGAAGAAGAAAGGGCUUGACAGCACAGGGAGGUGAGGGGAUACCCAAUAAAACACUGGGAGGAGGGAGGGUGCUGAUGACAUCAGCGUGGGUGAUGGCAGAAAAUAUUCUGUCUACCUCGAUAUUCUACAUUUUAAUCAGCAUUAUGACAUGACUCUUCAUGAUAUAUCAACUCUGAAGAGUUGAUAUAACAUGUUUUAUCUAUUGGUAGGCACUAGCUCAUUAGAGGGUUUAUGCCUGUAUAGACACAUUGAUAUAUUCUAUUUAAUCCUCAAAUUGUUGUUACUUUCAUAGUAUUAGAAUAAAGUCCUAAAUUUAAAUGACAAAGACACUGUGGCAAAAUUAUGAGUCGUAUUCUUCUUAUAUUGAUCGGACUUUUCUAUGUGAUGUAAUAUAUAAAGUCACCAAUGUUAAUUUUAAUGUUCUACUCUGAUUUGACUUGACCUGUCAUCAUGAUGCCUUCUUAAGGGUUCUGCUGAACUAUAAAUCUUGCUGUGAUUUUUGAAAAAAAAAUCAA